AUGGCGCCGAUGAAGGGGAAAAGUGCGAAGCCGGGCUGCCACCUGCGUGCCGUGAAAGGCUCGGGGAACGCGAUCAAGAAGCGAAGCGAAAGGAACACGAGGGGAAAGCGAAGAGGCAGCAGGGGACAGCAUAAUCUCCCAGACUUCUCCUGCCUGAGAAAACUAAUAUAUGAACAAAAAAAAAAAGACAACAUAUCAAACUUAUUCUCCUUUAACGACCCAAUCAUAAAGGAAAAAAUAGAUAAAUUUAAUCAGAUAAUCGAAAAGAAGAAGGAGUUUCUGUGUGAAACAACUGAGAGUAAAAGGGGUGAGCAGGAUGAAAUGGCUCCGAACGUAUGUGAGUCGUCUACUUUUGGGUAUACCUUCAUCGACAGGGUGGUGAAUUUCUCCCACAAGGAAGACAUAGAGGACUUAAUACAGCAGGAAGAAGAUGACGAGGACGACCCGUUGCACUGCGAUUACCCGUAUCAGCACCAUCGUGGUCGCCUAGAGAAUCGGACAGAUAGCGAAACGACGGAGAUCCACCUCAGGGAGAAUAGAAGCGAGCAUGAAGGGGACCUCCCGCCAUGCGCGGAGAACCAACAUGAGCAGCCGGGAGGCAGCAGUAAGGACCGCCCAUAUCGCAAUGACCACGUGGAUCAAACGAAGCACCCGAAUGGGGAAGCAAAAAAUGGAGGUAAGCAUAACCCGCCCCAAAGCUUCAACCCAGAGAAAAGAAGCAAAGGGAGGACAGACAAAGGGAAAGAAGAAAUCCUAUUUAACAAUAAAGUAAUAUUUGAUAGACGAAAAAAAGAUUUCAUUCUAGACCAACUCAAACUGAAGUUCGACGAAUUCAAAAUAGACACGCUGACGAUACCGCAGAAACCACUUACUAUCAUCGACGAGAAUGGUGUCGAGAAGAGGAAGCUGUUCAUUUUUAACAUCAACAAUAGCAGCGACAGAAGGAAGAAUGAGAAGAAAAGGAUCCAAAUUGUGUACGACAGGGCGAGGGGAUCAGAAGUGGGCCCAUCAGAAAUGAGUGGAUCAAAAGUGGGACAGUCUCCAACUGGAAAGCCUCCAACCGGACAGUCUCCAAGGGGCCGCUCCCCCCCGGGGAAAUCUCCCGUGAAGGGCGACAACGACGUGGACGUCACCGAGCUGGUGAACCGAAUAAAGGAGCAGAAAGAGUCCUACCUCUACUUCGUCGUUAAGAACAACCAGCUGUUGCUAAAGAGCAACAAUGACUACUUCAGCAUAAUGAUGCAUUACCUGUGCGAAGGCACCUCUGGCAUAAACCUACAAAUGAGCUACUACCUUAUGAUGAAGCCAUCACACAUGGACAUGCUUCUCUACCUCAUCCUAACGUAUCACAAAUUCCCCUUCGUCGACUUACUGGAGCAGUUCGAAAACGUGUCUGUUAGCAACAUCGUGGAGAGUUCCUUCGAGGAAAUGACUCUAUACGAUUACUACUACUACUUUUUUCACAUACUGGAAGUUUCUCACGAGCAGUAUUAUAUGUCCCUGGAGGUACUGGAGAGCAUGAAGCUUAUGAUGAAUAAAUACAACUUCUUCCUGGGGCGGAUGCACAAGAAUUCGAUUUUCUCCAACGAGAAGUUUGUGCUUGGCAUGGGUGACAUUCGGGACGUCCACCAGGUGUUCCUACCGGGGAAGGACGAAGAGGCAGAAGGAGAUGGAGAAGCGGAUGGGGAAGCCAAGGGAGAAGGGAAGGGAGAAUCGAAUGAAGAAGCCAGUGAAAAAGUGACGGGAGACGCCAAUGAAGACGGGGCAGGGGAGACCCCCCCCUCGCAAACCCUGCGCAGGAAAAACGGAACGCUACAGUACAUCCUUAACACCAAACUGGAAUUCAUCAAUUACCAGCAAAGAAACUUCCUACAGGAGACCCACUGGGAUGAAAUGGAAAACUACCACCACCUGAAUCGUCUGGACAAACUGGUUUACUUCACGAAGGAUCUCUACUAUAAGUUUACGAAGAAGAACAUACACAGCAAGUUAGAAGAGAUCACGUGUGAGCAGAAGCACUUCGACAAAGUGCAGAUGAUUGAAUCGUGCAAGAAAAAACUUCCUCCUUACAAGAAGGGGGUAAAGUUUAUGAAUUUUCUUGGGGUGCACUCUCACUCCUUGGUGUGGCAGGUGUAUUGCACGGAGAUGGAGCUGUUUUGUGUACUCAAGUUUAAGCAAAUUCGUCAGGGGGGGCAAGGCCCGUCCAGGCGUACGAUGGGUGGCGAUGACUUAUGGGACAAGCAGCAUACGGAUCGGCCUUCAGAUGCCCCGCAGACCGACCCGCGUAUGGAGGAGGCACCCCACCUAGGACGCAUCGAAGCCGAAAUAAACGCUGUACUGCGCAACUUCCAAGCAGAGGUCAAGGAGAGACAAGUGGAAUGCUUGUACGUCCCCAUCUCGGUCGAGAUCACCAAUAGACUCAUCGAAAAAACAAAGUACAUCAAUGGGACCCCACUGCACGAAUUUAUUUACAGCGAAUUCCUCUCCGGCAUCGAUUUGAAGCUCCGAGUAUUUAAGCUCAAAUGCAUCAUCGUAAAACUUAUAAGGGUCGUCGUCAAUUUUUUAAACAUCCCUACGCUGAUCAUACUGAAGUGUUCCCGCAUCUUCGUUAAGGAGGAUAGCUUAAUGGUGAAUGGCGGCAUUCCGUUGGGAUUGCUGUCCGGCGAGUCCGUGCGUUUCCUUCUGUACGGGGUCGAGGAGACGAUCGCUACGCGCACGUACAGCAAAACCCUUUGGCAUUACCUCCCCCCGGAGAUUAGCCGCCAGGCAGACGGAAAAAGCGGCGGACGAUGCAGAAGAGGCGGAUGCACAAAUGACGUAACAAACGGUGGAAGCCUCCCCCCUGAUGGUACCCGCGCGCCCAACUGCUUCCUCCUCGAAGACAGAACGCAGCUAGAGAAAGCCUACUCUUACAUGAUCGGGAAGGUCUUCGAAGAGGCCCUCAUAGAUACCUUCACAGGGGACAAAUUCGACUACCUCAAUUUUGACGAAAAUGUAAAAGACUUCCUUGAAUCCUGCUUGUCCGAAAACAUGGAGCGUCGACAACCACUUAGUGAGAUAGCACAGCACAGGUGCUUCUCAGAUUGCUUCGAUCUCUAUAUUAACAUUUACGACGACAAUAUCAAUGCGUACCACAAUGACAGGGAGAAAGCUAUCCGAUUGAACGACCUAAAAUACAUCAGAAGUUUCGAUUACAAAAUGUUUUCUAUUCCUUCUGAGUCCGAUUCGGAGUCUUCCUCCCGGGCCCCUUCCUCGUCGGACUCGCGCAACUCUAACACGUCCAGUGGGUACCCCUCCAGCUAG